GACACCGACCCGAGGAGAAGAGUACGCGGUGGAAUGAAAGGCGCGCUUCUGUUUGUGUGUGUUCUUAGCGAGCGUUGUAGCCGUAUUUUCCCCGGCGUCGCGGUGAUUUCCCACGACAACUGAUCUGAUGCGGGAUCCGGGAGCAGCGAGCCGUCAUCUAGGUAGCCUCUUUUAAUGGUAUGGACUUGUCUGUCCCGUCGACGUCAGCCUCCAGCGACAGCCUGAUCUCGUGCGAGCCUUCCUCCGCCGUCUCCUCCAAGGCCCUCAUUGAAUGCAUCCGGUUGCGACCACUCUUCUGCAGCCUGUCGCCUGAGACGGAGCGGGGGGCGGACCUGCCCCUGAGCGGCCCCGCCAGCAGCAGCAGCGGGAGCGAGGAGAUGGGCCUGCCCGAGCCCUGGCCCCCUGAGCAGGAGGGGGGGGCCCGCAUGGGGGGCCCAGACCUGGUGGCACCGCCCCCGCCUUUCUCCUCCCCGGUGCACUCGGCCCUCUUCACGGCCUCGGACGAGCUGCUGCACGACGUCAAGGCGGCAGCGGGGAAGGCGGCGCUUUGCGAGGCCCUGUCUGACGUGCCCCGCCCCGACCGCCUUCCAGCGCCGGAGUCCUCGCUGCCUGGGGUGUGCGGCCUGCGCAACCUGGGCAACACGUGCUUCAUGAACGCGGGGCUGCAGUGCCUGCUGAGCAACGGCCCGCUGGUGCGCUUCUUCCUGCCCGGCGGGGAAGGGGCCCGGGCGGGGGUGGGCCGGGACUCUCUCACGGCUCGCCUGGCCUCCCUUGUGGGCCAGGUGUGGAGCGGGGCCUACGCCUGCCUGCGGCCGGCCCUCUUCAAGGAGGCCCUGGGGGCCUCCUGCCCGCAGUUCAGGGACUGCAGACAGCAUGACUGCCAGGAGUUUCUGACCCUGCUCCUUGACACCCUGCAUGAACAAACAAAUCGGGCCGGCUGCACCAGCCCCGGAGUAGAGGACACUGGCUCCCCCCAGGGCAGCGACUCUGCAGGCUCCUGGGACAACAACCUGAGCUUCAGGCUGCGUCCCUUCCCCGAGGAGGUGCAGCCGUUGUGCGAGAGCAAGUAUUCUGAGGCAGAGGAGAGUGCAGUUGUUGUGGAGACAGCUGUGGGAGGGGACAGCCCGGCCACCACAGCCGCCGUGGCGGUGGCCGCCAUUGGCCGACGUCGCAUGCUGCCCUCCCUCGAAGACCUCGCCAAGGAUAGCAAGGGCCCCAGUCUGGUUGCACGUGCCCCGGAGGAAGGGGAUGUGUCCUGUCCCCGGGAAGGAGGGCGUGUCCUGCGAUGCGGGGGAGGAGGCGCUCGCGUGCGGGGUGCAUCGCCCGACGGAGGCUCUUCCCCCAAGAGGCCCCGCCUCUCCUGCGGGCCCUGGGAGUCCCGGCAGGGCCUACUGGGAGGGGCCAGGGAGGAGCUGUGCGCCCAGCAGGCCUGGGCCCAGUACGCCGCCCGCAACCAGUCCGUCGUUGUGGACACCUUCCAGGGGCAGUUCCAGAGCACAGUAGUGUGUUCCGAGUGUGGGCACGUCUCGGUGACCUACGAGCCCUUCAUGUACCUGCCCGUGCCGCUGCCCCAUGCCAUGGAGAGGCAGAUCGUGGUGACGUACGUACCCCUGGGUGCCGGAGUGCCCACCCGCUACCUGGUGCGGGUGCCUAAGCAGGAGAGGGUGUCCCGGCUUAGCCAGGCCCUGGAGGAGAUGAUGGAGGAGAAGCCGCCCCACGGGGUGGCCCUGGCCGAGGUGGCAGACUGCCUCGUCCACAGGGUGCUGGACGGCGACAUGGCGGUCCGUUGCGUCGGAGACAACGACCGUGCAGUGUAUGCCUUUGCCCUGGGUCCCCCCGAGGACCCGCCCCCCUGCGAGGGGGAGGAGGGAGGGACGGGGCCCGGAGCCAGCCAGGGGACGGAGCCCGCACUGGGCCUGCCCCCGCACCGUGCCUGGCACUCGUGCGCCAUCUGCCUGGAGGACAUGGCGGACGACCACCUGCAUGUGCACCCUUCGUGCCGCUGCCUGCUCUGCCGCAACUGCGUCGAGAUUUCUUGCAAGCACUAUGGGAGUGAUUCAUUAAUAUGUCCGGUCUGUAACUUGCCCGUGAAAGCUGAAGAUGAGUUUAUACCCGUGACCAGGAUGAGUGACCACAAGUUCAGGUCGAGGCCCGUGACGGUUGCCCUGCUGUUCUGCCAAGAGGGCAGCGCCCCCUGGAGGCUCCCCGCACUGCUUAGGGUGGCCUGCCACAGCCAAGCCGGAGACCUGUACGCGGCGGCCGGCGCCCACCUGCCCCCAGGUGCGUGCUACUGGCUGUGCCUAGUGGACUCAUCAGGGCGCCGGUGUUCGCGGUGUCCGGGCCGUUGCCCCGGGUGCGAGGUGGCGCGUGCAGGGGAGGUGUGCCUGCAGCCGGGAGACUGCCUGGCGCUGCGCCGACCUCCCGACGAAGCCCCGCCCCUGGAGGCGGGACCGGAGGCGGAGCAUGGCGGCCCCUCCCUGCCUGUCGUGGACCACUCCUCCAUGGGGAAGCUGAGGCCCUCUGGGAGCGGGGGGGCACUCACCCUCUACGACUGCCUCAGGGCGUUCAGUGAGAGCGAGACGCUGGACGAGCAGAACCCCUGGUUUUGCCCGACGUGCUGCGGAAACAAGAGGGCUCGCAAAACGCUCUCCGUCUGGCGCUCCCCCGACACCCUCAUGGUCUACCUGAAGAGGUUUGUGUUUCACGAGUACUCUGGCAGCAAGGUGGACGACCGUGUGGAGUUUCCCCUGGAGGGCCUGGACCUGGGGCCCUUUGUAUCGGGGCCCUGCCCCGGGGGAUCCUGUCUCUACGACCUGCACGCCUACAUCUGCCACUUCGGAGGGGUGAACUGUGGCCACUACACGGCGUACACGCGCCACUGGUCGUCCGGGGAGUGGUACCACUACAACGACGAGGCAGCCUGCAAGCAGGCGCCACGCCAAGAGGACCACGCCAACGCGUACAUCCUGUUCUACCAGCGGAGGGGUACAGGGUCCUUGUCCGGCUUCCCUGCGGGCGGGGCAGGCGGCAUCAAGGGCCGCUGCGUCUCUCCAGACCAGUGCCCGAGGUCGCCCGACGAUGGCUCCUCCGCGGCCGCCAUUGCCCGGCCAGAAGCGGACAGCAUGCAACGGUGCCAGACGGAUGCGAGGAAGAGCCCGUCUGCUCGUCGCAAGGGAGGGGCCCAGUCGAUAGCGGCAGCACCGCCUCCUGGAAACGCCUAACACACCUUGUGAAACUUCCCAGACGCCCGUUGAAGUAAAAAAAAAAAAAAAUUGCACUGUAGCCGGACAUUGAAUCUGGCACAGCUAGAAAGGGAGCACCACUUGCCAUCUUGGCGGCCUCGUCCAAGUUGUCACAGGCCAGGAUCUUAAGCUUGCUGGUGGCAAUCAGGGCCUUGGCUUCGUCCACCUGCGUCCCUGCUCACGCAAGCAACAACGGAAAUCUCGUCACAUGAUGCACACGGACACUUCGGUUUCUCCCAGUCGCCCUCAUGUGAUUCUUCUUGCCUUGCAUUGUGUCGCGUGCACAUGCAUACUGUCAAGGUGCGGAGCAGUAAAGGCCCUCCUUUUUUUUUCUUUUUCCCUUUUUUUUUUUCUCUAUCACUGAGGUGCAGUCGGUUGUGUCAAGGCACGCGACCUGCUCCUGCACUUUUUUUGCCAAGACCGGAUCAAACUGCAUCGCUCCCUCACAUCGGAAGAGUUUGUUCGUUGCCCAACUUUACUUCUCGUUUUUUUUCUUUACUGCAUUGUACCUUUGUUUGAAGAAAAAAAAAAAGGUUGUUCUGAU